AUGGCUCCGAUCGCCCGUGGCGCUGUGCUUCUGCUCGUGGCCCUGUCUCUUGCCACGUCCGUAUCUGCUGUCAUCAGUCCCUUCUGGGGCGGAGCGCAGCCUCUUGAGCCGCUGGCGAAGUCCCUGAUCGCUUCAUGGAACGCGGCGGCCAAGAAGAAGCCGGUGCUGCUGGUGGGUCCCUACGACCCCUCAGGCUCUAGCAACGGCAUCAAGGGUUUCUACAACGGUACCUACCUCAUUGGCGCCGCCUCCGAGCCCAUCACCGCCACCGUGGAAGGCCAGAAUGCCGGUGUUGGGAAGAUCACUCUUCCCGUCGCCGUCGCCGCGUACAACUUCUUCGUGCAUGGGCCCACCAUUGUUCUCAGCGCGGUCGACACUUACAACAUCUACAGCGGCGCCGUAACCGAUUGGGGGAGCAUUCCCGCCGCGAAGGGCAGGAUUACCGGCGCCAUUUCCCGCUAUGCGCGCUCCGACAAGGUCGGCACAACGGCCAUCAUUCAGCAGCUGUGGGUGAAGGCGGGCGCGUCUUACACCGGCAAGACUGAUGGCUCGCCGCUGACUUUCUCGGGUCUCCUGACGGUGGCGUCGAACACGGCAAUGUGCAACGCGGUGGUGGCGAAGGUGGGCGCGAUCGGGUACGCACACGUGAGCGCGUGCUCGGCGCAGGUUUUGCCCAAGAAUGGCGGCGCCGUCGCGAAGCAGUUUCUCGUGAGCUCGCUCCUCAAGUUCACGGGCGCAGCCAAAGCAAAUGGGUUCAAUGUGGUGCCGGCCGCUUGGUUCAACCCGUCUGCUACCGCUGUCAAGGCCGUCACCGUGUCAACCUCUUAG